AUGAAGCCGUGCCUUCGGCUCAGCAGCAGCAAAAAACAAUGGAGGCCUUCUCUCCUGGAGCAGCAGCAGCAGCAGCAGCAGCAACAGCUACACCAACACAAGCAGCUGCAGCAACAGCAGCAACAGCAGCAGCAGCACCAGGAGCUGCAGCAACUGCUGCAGCAUCAAAUGGUGCAGCGGCAAAUGCUGCAGCAGCAAGAGAAGAAAAUUCGAUUGCCUUGCUGGAGGAAACCAAAGAUGACAAAAAUGCAUUAUCUGUGUCUCGAUGAAGACCCGCGCAAUUCCCUACAAAGAAUUCUAACCUUUAUCGGUGAAAGCAGCAGCAGCAGCAAUAACAGCAGCAGCAACAACAACAACAGCAGCAGCAAUAACAGCAGCACCAGUGAUACUGACAGCAGCAGCAGCAGCUCGGAAGGCAAUGAUAUCAACAAGAGCAGCAGCAGCAGCAACAACGCCACCACCGAUGAAGGCAUCAGCAGCACCAACGACAGCAGCAGCAGCAGCAGUAACACUAACAGCAGCAGCAGCAGCAGCAACGCGUCAGAACAAGCAGCAGAUCUCUGUGCAGGAGCUGCAGCAGUUUAUUUGGUUUGCUGCGGCUUCGGGUUUAGGGGGCCCCUCAAGAGCGGAGAAGCUGUUGCUGCGCUGCUUUCAUACCCCGACUUCCUUGCUGCUGCAGCAGAAGAAAAUCUGCUGCUGCUGCAGCAGCAGCAGCAGCCACACACACAAGAAGAACGGCAUGAACAACAACAAUCACAGCAGCAGCAACAACAGCAGCAGCAACAACAGCAGCAACAGCAACAGCAGCAACAGCAGCAGCAGCAACAGCAGCAGGAGCAGCAGAUAUGUUUAAAUGCCUUUUUUAAGAGCAAAUUGUUUGAGAAGAUAUUGCAGAGUGCGGCUUCUGUUUAUUCUGCGUCUUCUCUCUCUGCUAGCCUCCGCUGUCUAUCAAACAACAUAUAA